AUGGCCAAGCCCAACAUGUCGAAAACGACCUCCACACGCAAGUCUGGGGUCAAGUCUUCCAACGCCAACACCUAUCCCACUCCCAAGCUUCUCAACAUGGUCGACCCCGUCAACAUAGUCAACCACAUCCCCUUCUACCUUGUCAACGUGGUCAACCAAAUCCCUUUCUACCUCGACCUCCUCCAGCAUUCAGCUGCCAGACAAGCGGCUUUCCCCGAAACAGCGGGUGAUGCUUUGCACAGGCAUAUGAGCGAGGUGCGGGAUAUGAGGCUGGUCCGGGUUCUGACUCGCGCUGGAGAUGAUCCUGAUCAUGUUCAUGAUGCUAUUGCGGAGGCUGUGUCGGAAACUGUCACGGAUUUCGGAGAAGGUACUUCAGCAGAAGAAGCAAGGGAAGCGGCUAUGGCCGCCUGGAGGCAACAGAGGGAAAAGGAGAGGAAGGAGAAGAUAAUCAGAGGGUUGAAGCAGUGGUCAAAGGACUUGUUGAAGCAACAGGUUCCAGAACAAUGGGUGAGGGAGGUGGUAGGGGGGUUGAUUGAACGGGUUCAGGGACUUGAGAAGGGGGAGCUCGAGGGGGAGGUUGAUGGGGAGGAGGAGGUGCUGGGAAUUGAAAGUGGUAGCGACGAAGAGGAAGAGGAAGAGGAAGACAGGGGAUGGGAUGUAGAGGGUCGAAUAAACGGAGCUAUGGAUAAUAUCACGAGGGUUGUUCGGGGCGCGUCGAGAGAGGUUAUAGAUCUAGCGAGACGGGGAGUUGAAGCGUUGAUAGCCCAAUUCACGAGGGAGGAGGAUGGGGAGGAGGAGGAAUGGGGGCUGGUAGAAUGGCCGGAUCUGGGCGGGAGGUAA